UUACUCAAUAGAUACUCAAAAUGAUGAAGAUAGUCGCCGCUCUUGUUGCCUGCCUGGCUGUUACCGCCUUUGCCGAGCCUACCGGUCUGUAUGGUGGAAUUGGCGGGUUGAAAGGAGGACUGGGCGGAAUUGGCUACGGAAUGGGUGGAUUGUACGGAGGCCUUGGAGGUCUUGGAGGUCUUGGAGGCUAUGGAGGUCUAUACGGAGGCAUGGGAGGUCUAUACGGAGGCAUGGGAGGUAUAUACGGAGGCAUGGGAGGUCUAUACGGAGGCAAAUACGGAUACGGCAUGGGAGGUCUGUACGGAGGACUCGGGGGCUAUGGUGGUCUCUACGGAAUGGGAGGAUACGGAAUUGGAUUGGGAAAAGGUAUCGGCUAUUAUUGAGUUAUUAUCACCUGCAGUGUGAUGCUGGCUAUUUAUGUAUUUUCUCAAACCAAUGGAAUUGGUUCA